CCGUCCCAGCCCGAAAGGGGAAGUGGCUGCGCUCCCCGCCCGCCGCGGGAAAGGCGCGGGGCCGGCGCGUCCCGUCCCAUCCCAUCCCAUCCCGGUCCGGGCAGAGCCGCGCCCGCGGAGCAGCGGGGGCCGGGCCAUGGCGCUCCCGGGGAUGCUGCUGCUGCUGCUGCUGCUGCUGCUGGGCGCCGCGCUGGCCCCGGCCAGCGCCUUCAACCUGGACGUGGAGCGCCCGGCCGUCUACUCGGGCCCGGCGGGCAGCUACUUCGGCUUCGCCGUGGACUUCUUCGCUCCCGACCCGUUCUCGACGUUUCUCCUGGUGGGAGCUCCAAAAGCAAACACUACCCAGCACAACAUCGUGGAGGGAGGGCAGGUGCUCAAAUGUAACUGGAACUCCAACAGGAACUGCCAGCCCAUCAUUUUUGAUGCCACAGGCAACAGAGACUUUGCUCCUGAUGAUCCKCUGGAAUUUAAGUCUCAUCAGUGGUUUGGAGCCUCAGUGAGAUCCCAAAAUGAUAAAAUUCUGGCCUGUGCCCCAUUGUACCACUGGAGAACUGAAACCAAACAGGAGAGAGAGCCUGUGGGAACAUGUUACCUGCUGGCUGGGUCCAAAUUUGUGGAAUAUGCUCCCUGCAGGUCAACAACUAUCGAUGCAGAUGGACAGGGAUUUUGUCAAGGUGGAUUUAGCAUCGACUUUACAAAGGGAGACAGGGUGCUGCUUGGAGGACCUGGAAGCUUUUACUGGCAAGGGCAGCUGAUUUCUGACCGAGUGACGGAGAUCGUGGCCAAAUAUGACUCCAAAGUCUACAGCACCAAGUAUGAGGACCAGCUAGCCACCAGACCUGCCAGUGCUGCUUUUGAUGACAGCUACCUGGGUUAUUCAGUGGCUGUUGGGGACUUCAAUGGCGAUGGCAUCGAAGACUUUGUGUCAGGAGUCCCACGAGCAGCCAGAACCCUGGGCAUGGUGUCCAUUUACAACGGGAAAAACAUGUCCUCCAUGUACAACUUCACUGGAGAGCAGAUGGCUGCCUAUUUUGGGUAUUCGGUGGCUGCCACAGAUAUUGAUGGGGACAAUUUCACAGAUCUGUUCAUUGGAGCCCCUCUGUUUAUGGAGAGGAGCUCGGAUGGGAAGCUGCAGGAGGUUGGCCAAGUGUCCAUCUGCCUCCAGCGCCACUCAGGAGGGUUCCAGACAGCAAAGCUGAACGGCUUCGAGAUCUUCGCCAGGUUUGGCAGCUCCAUCGCACCCCUGGGGGACCUGGACCAGGAUGGCUUCAAUGAUAUCGCAGUUGCUGCACCAUACGGUGGAGAGGACAAGAGAGGGCUCGUGUACAUCUACAAUGGGAGAGCCAGUGGUUUGAACUCUGUCCCAUCCCAGGUCCUGGAAGGGCAGUGGGCAGCUCGCUCCAUGCCCCCCAGCUUUGGCUACUCACUGAAAGGAGCCACAGAUGUGGACAAGAAUGGAUACCCAGACCUGAUUGUUGGAGCCUUUGGUGUGGACACAGCGGUGCUGUACAGGGCUAGACCAGUUAUUAGAGUAAAUGCUGCCCUGGAAGUUAAUCCAACCAUCCUAAACCCAGAAAACAAAGCCUGUUCACUGGGAGAUGUCAAAGUUUCUUGCUUCAAAGUAAAGUUCUGCUUGAAAGCCGACGGCAAAGGAAAGCUCCCRAACUCACUCAAUUUCCAGGUGGAGCUGCUGCUGGAUAAACUGAAGCAGAAGGGAGCAAUAAGGAGAGCUCUGUUCCUGCACAGCAGACAGCCCAGCCACUCCAAGAACAUGACAAUCACCAAGGGGGGCAAAAUGAACUGCGAGGAGCUCGAUGCCUUCUUGAGGGAUGAAUCUGAAUUUAGAGACAAGCUAACUCCCAUUACAAUUUUCAUGGAAUACCGUCUGGAUUACAGAACGGCUGCAGAUGCAACAGGACUGCACCCCAUCCUCAACCAGUUCACUCCUGCCAAUAUGAGCAGACAGGCCCAUAUUCUGCUGGAUUGUGGGGAUGAUAAUAUCUGCAAACCAAAGCUGGAGGUGUCAGUAGAAAGUGAUCAGAAGCAGAUCUACAUUGGUGAUGACAAUCCCCUGACCCUCAUUGUCAGCGCUCAGAACCAGGGGGAGGGAGCCUACGAAGCAGAACUCUUUGUGGUUGUUCCACCCCAAGCAGAUUUCAUCGGGGUUGUUCGCAACAACGAGGCUUUAGCCAGACURUCGUGUGCUUUUAAAACAGAGAAUCAGACUCGCAUGGUGGUUUGUGACCUGGGAAAUCCCAUGAAAGCAGGGACUAAGCUCUUGGCUGGCCUGCGUUUCAGCGUGCACCAGCAGUCUGAGAUGGACACYUCUGUCAAGUUUGACUUGCAAAUCCGAAGUUCCAACCUGUAUGACAAUACGAGCCCAGUAGCAUAUUAUCAGGCUGACCUUGCUAUUUUAGCAGCUGUUGAAAUCAGAGGGGUGUCAUCCCCUGAUCACAUWUUCCUUCCUAUUGCAAACUGGCAGCCCAAGGAGCAUCCCGAAACAGAAGAUGAUAUUGGGCCUCUGGUUCAGCAUAUCUAUGAGCUGAGGAACAAUGGCCCGAGUGCAUUCAGCAAGGUGAUGAUGACUCUGCAGUGGCCUUACAAAUACAAAAACAACACCCUGCUGUACAUCGUUCAGUAUGAGAUUGAUGGGCCCAUGAACUGCACCUCUGACAUGGAAAUCAACCCUCUGAAAAUUAAGAUUUCUGCUUCCAAGGAUGAUGACAGGAAUGAGACUCUUGGCAGGGAGGAUCACCGUGGCCACCGCGUCAGCCGGAGGGAUUUGGCAGCCGUGGAGGGGGACGUGCAGACCUUGGGCUGUGGAACUGCUGACUGUUUAAAGAUUGUCUGUCAAGUUGGCCACCUGGAAAGGGGAAAGAGUGCAAUAUUGUAUUUAAAAUCACGCCUUUGGACCCAAACUUUCAUGAAUAAAGAAAACCAGAACCAUUCCUACUCCCUGAAAUCAUCUGCUUCUUUCAGUGUUAUUGAGUUCCCUUACAAGAACCUUUCCUUUGAAGAUAUUCACAAUUCCACAGUAGUUACUACAAAUAUUACCUGGGGCAUUCAGCCACAGCCCAUGCCAGUGCCAGUGUGGGUUAUAAUUCUCGCUGUGCUCGCAGGGUUACUGCUCCUGGCUCUGCUGGUGUUUGUCAUGUACAGGAUGGGCUUUUUCAAGCGUGUGAGGCCACCUCAGGAAGAGCAGGAACGAGAGCAGCUGCAACCACACGAGAACGGGGAAGGGACAUCAGAAGCUUAAGCAGAGUUUURUCUGUCAGACACUCUGAAAUGCACACUUGCCUACAUCUUGGWUACAAACAUUGGCUUCCCCCUCAGUGCACAAACACUCCUGAGCAGAGUGCAGAGCUGCUGGUCUGUGCAAAGCAAGGGCAACACUGAAAUCCUUCUCUCUGCGYUAACACUGUUGAUACCCGCGACCAACGUGACAAACUGGAGCCAGAUUGUGGGAUUUUGCUGACUGGGAUCCAGGGAACAUCAUCUUUGCCAGUUCAGGUACUGAUUCUCCACGAUUCACCACGCAGAUCCUGCAUUUGCUCUUGGAGCCAGCAGUUUCCAGAGGUGCUUGUUGGAUUACACCUUUCCUUUCGGUUGGUUUUUGUUGGAGUACACUACAUUUCACCGCCUAGCUCUUGAAAGUCAGUUGCACAAAAAAAAAAUGAAUGUAGCUUGUUUUACAAUACUGAAGAAUGUUCUUUGACCCAUUAUCUCUGAUGMUGAAUUUUUUCUCCUGCUCAAGAAAUAGGAAUUGUUCAGUGGGGUCAUUCCCAUCUGACAACGCUCUGCACGCCCAUUCCCCUGCCUGCUCUGUCACCUGUCUUGUGGUUUCCCUCUAGGCAUUACCAAUUCUGUUCUGGGUCUCACCCCGCAGGGAUUGAGCCUUCAAACACAAAGUGAGUGGUAGAAAUUUGGGGCUGAUGUACUUUUUGUGGGACUUAGGGAGAUGGUUCAGGGUGAGAUCCCGAGACUCUGUAUUGCCACAGAGUGGGAUCCAGGUGUUCCACAGAAUUCUUGGCAGCAUUUGUGUGCCAGGGACAACAUGAGCUGUGGCUGCCAACAGACAUUUCUGAGAAAACCCUUGAUGUCCACAAGUCAAACCUCCACAGGGUUUGAAACGAAGGCUGUACUUUAUUUGGAUUUUAUUUCCAUUUCUGGCAAAACACUGAAGGGAGCACUCCGUGGCAGUUUUCCUGGGGUUCUGUAGCUGUCAAUGCUCGUAUUUUCUGGUUGCCCAUGCCCAGGUGCAGGAUGCAGUGACACAGAGGCUGUUUAAACUGGGCUGUCUGCCAGCCACAUCCAUGGAUCUGCAUUGCUUCAGCCACACUCACACCUCCCUCACCUCCUGCCCUCCGAGAACAGUGAGGCAAAAGAAGCAGAGAGGAGCUGGCAMUGCAAAAGGGUUUGAAAAGUAAAGGCUGAUUUGUUUGGCUUCCCUCAUUCAUUGUUUCAUUGKCUUGUUUAGUUUGAUUCAUUCAUUGCUUCAGUCACUGCAUGUUUCGUUGCACGAGACAUUUCAUUGCACAAGACAUUUCAUUACGUUCAAUACAUUUCGUUACCAGAAAAGACACUAAGUAUUUUCUGUCAUUGUUGUCAGGGGUUUAAAGGCAUGGRUUUACACCAGUCUUAGCUUAUUUCCCUCACCAAUGGUAUAGUAAAAUGAAGCUUCUUCCACGUAUUAAAGAGCACAGGAGCAUUGUCUACAUGUUUCAGUAGAGAAGGAGCUGUGGAUCCGGAGGAUGUUCAGCUUGCAGCCRCAGGUGACUGCGUGCACAGAUCCCACAGUUCUUAAACUGUGACUGAGGUUCCUUCUGUGAGAUGUGAUUAUUCUCUUUUCCAAAAAGGGAAUAAAUUUCGUUAUAAACUCCCUCUGUGCAGCCAGGUACACAAAGGAAGACUUCCACUGUACUUACACCAAUGAGAUUUCUAUGCAGACAAGCUCUGGUUUGGUUUUGUAYCUUGGGGUUUUUGCUCAUAGCUGCRUCUCCCCCAUAAUACAGCAGUCCCCACAAAACCCAGAAUUUUCUGAGAUGAGCAGAACUCUUAUUUCUGCACCUUUUCAGAGAUUUGAAAUCCACCAUUGGCUGUUGUCAAGUCCAUUGUUACUCACUGAUCCAUGAUGGCAUUYCCAGUCCCUAAGGGAGACAGCACAGAGUCUGGGGGUGCAUUCACCAGAUAGGUUUACAUAUUUAUCCAUUUACAUGGGGAUGGCUUGGACAGCUUGCUUAGACAAAAUUAGUUUACAUGAAAGGGAGAGGGCAUAAUUCUGCUUCCAUAAUGUUCCUGGUCUUCAGUGUGGCCGAUGUUUCAUUUUUAUCUUUUAAUUUUGUUGCUGGCACUGUGGUAGAGAAAUGGGAAUCAGGCAUGGAUGGUGGCCUCAAAAUGUGACUUUGAGAGGACAGCACUUCAGUUACUCACACGGGCUUGUGGCUCACACACUCUGUCAGCUGAUUAUCUAUGUGCAAGGAGAUUGGUUUUACCCAGCCUUAACCUUGGUAGGGUAAGAAGUUUAAGAGACUGUCAGACAGAUAAUAGCUCUAAUUCUUACAUGUGUGCUUUCCUUACAUGUACACACCAUGGUGACUUGAAAUUUAUUAGACUACUUGCAUGUGUAGGCGUUGUUAGGAGAUGAAAUAGAGUAUUUAAAAAAAAAUAAAAAAAAUAUGGUCAGGAUCCCUCCUACUCACAUGGAUGGGAUACCACAGCAUUGCUAAUGUCAGUGCUGGCUGCAUCUGWAUUUUACUGUGGCAACUGGAAGCUCUCAUUUUGCUAAUUUUCAGGAUAAGAAGGUACAUUUUAUUGGUACAACUACUGUAGCUAUGGAAAGUAUCUUCCGUUUUCGAAGUGGCAUAAAUUAGGACUUAUUUAAGUGAUUUGGAUUUCUUGCAUUCUGCUGGAGAACAAAAUCAAGURUUUGCUUCUCCCACAUCCACUAACUUGUAGUUUGGUUGAAAAGACCACAGUAGCAUGUGCAAAUGGAGCAUACAGGUUACUCAGUGAGCAUAGAUGUAACUCCUCAAAUUCAGUGACACUUAUGUUUCAGGGAGGUUCCAAACUGGAAAUUUUCCUGAAUGGGGGUGCAGGAAACUUCUGAUAGCAUGUUCUAUAUUCAGCAAUAAGAUUCCAGGCUAUGUAUGUACUUGUGUCAGGUUGAAUUUCAUAUGAAAUGACUUACAGGCAUUAAUGUAUUCUUACAGCAAAUACUGUAGAAUGAUGUUAAAGCUUUUAAAGAAAUUUUAAAAGCUGCAUUUUGGAAUGAAAUUARUGCCUUCGAGUCAAAAUUGAUGUGCAUAAGAUGCACACUGGAAGCAUUUUAAAAAUACAAGCAUAGUAACAGAGAACUAGUCUUCUUUUGAGAGYUAUGUUUCAGGAGCUUAUUUUUAAUGAAUAUAAAACCAACGGUUGUGUAAUUAUUUAGGCAAUGAAAACAUUUUAAAAGAGCUAUAUAUUUUAUAAUGAAAUAUGAAAUUACCUAAGUACUCUGGUUUGCAAUUACUGCAGCAUCUCAUGAUCAAUAUGUAAAAGUGAUUUAUAUUAAAAAAUGCAUAUUAUCUAUUACUAUAUUUGAAAAUAUUAGAAAAUGUAAACUGAGGAACCUAAUUUAUAGGUUUACAUUUCUUUCAAGAAACCAUGAAAUUGUGGAAAUAGCUUUUGUAUAAACAUGAUUGUAAAGUCAAAUAUGGGCUAUAUUUGUGAACAUAAUUUGAAAUCUUUAAGGAAAUAUUUGCCAACAAUGUUUGCCUAGUAUCAGGUUUUUUCCUGUUUUAAAUUUUGAUUUACACAUUGAUCGUUACUUCACAUAACGCUUGUGGAAACUUUAGGAAUUUUACUACACGUGCUCUUUCUUUAUAAAACAUUCAUUACAAGCAAAGGUUUUAAAUACUUUGUUGUCUCUAAGCUUGUGUCCAUGCUUAAAUAGUCUUAAAGGGUAUUUUGAAAAUACUUCAGCAGCUCUGAUCAGCGUGCUGUUGGUGAUUUGAAGGAAUCAUGCUGCACUUAGAUGUUGRUAGCAUUUGUGUUUGCUGUUGGUUACCCUGGCAGAGCCCAGCAGUACUUUCUCCUGUGUCCCAAACAGCCACAGAGCAGCAUUUACCCUGGAGAAAAUCGAGGCAGUUUUUGUCUUUGGUCCAGGCUAACGUGACCCUUUGAAUAUGAUUCUUUGUGUUUGAUGCUGCUGGCUGCUAAUGAGGGGAAAAAAACAAAACAAAAAAAAAGAAGAGUGAAAGAAAAAUGGAAAUGCAGAAAAAAAAAGGCAGUGGCAGAGCCCAGAUGAGCCUUAGAGCAAAGAGAUGAUUUUUUUUUGUUUGUGAGAUGAGCAGAGCUGUCGGUGCCCUGUUGGGGUCUCAACUCGGUGCUAGUGAAUCUUCAGCCCCGAGUGCAAUGAAAGCUGGUGUGCUCUGGUUCCCUGCCCAUUUCUGCCAGCCCAGGGAGGGAUGUGCUGUUUGCUGAGCUGGUCCCUGUUUGUGAGGACACGA